AGGUUGCACCAGCCCUCAGACUUUAAAAGGCAAGCCACUUCGCAUCCGUCUCCAUUUCUUCGCCAUGGUGGCAUCUGUCUUGCCCGCGAUCGCCUCGUCGCUCGCGCCGGUGCUCCUAGUGCUUGCCGCACUCGCCACCUUGGUGGCGCUUGCUCAGCGCUCCGGCGGCAUGCCCGGCCUGCCCCGCUUGCCCGUGGUGGGCAGCCUGCCUUGGAUAGCAGGAGCCACCCCCCCACACUUGUUCUUCAUGCAGUUGGGCCACAGGUACGGGCCGUUGUUCGAGCUCUACCUGGGGCCUCAUCGCACCGUGGUGGUCAACGCCCACGCGCAUGCCAAAGAAGUUCUGCUGCAGCGAGGGCGUGACUUCGCCGGACGUCCAAGCAUGGUGACCACUGAUCUGCUGACCCGAGGCGGGAAAGACAUCGCCUUCUCCGACUUCUCGCCGUUGUGGAAACUUCACCGCCGCCUGGUGCACACUUCCUUCACUCUCUUCGGAGAAGGAAGCAGUCGCCUGCAGGACAUCGUUCUGUCCGAGGUGGACGGUCUGUGCGUGGAGCUGCUUUCCAGCGAUGGCCGCGGCUUCGACCCAUCAAUCGCGGUGACCACGGCCGUCACCAACGUGGUUUGCACGCUGGUGUUCGGCUCCACCUACAGACACGGUGAUGGGGAGCUGCAGGAGGUGAUGCGCUACAACGACGGCAUUGUGCGGAACAUCACCAGGGGAGGACUGGUUGAUAUCUUCUCCUGGAUGAAGGUGUUCCCCAAUGCGUCGCUGCGCGAGCUCCGGGCGUGCAUUAGUGUGCGAGACCGCCUCCUCACUCAAAAACUGCGCGAACACAAGGAGGUGCUGAGCGAAGGUGACCCUCAAGAUCUCCUGGACGCCUUGCUGAAAGGUAAAGGUUCACCUGGGUCCGACGGGGUGCCCAUUACAGAUGACCACGUGUUGAUGACGGCGGCGGAGGCCUUUGGCGCUGGCGUGGAGACCACGUCCACUACGCUGCUCUGGAUCCUGGCCUAUCUACUGCACCACCCUGAGGUCCAGGUGCGUGCACAGAAGGAGCUCGACGAGGAGGUGGGCGAGCGCGCGGUGUGCGCAGCAGACCGCGGGAGGCUUCCGUAUCUGGACAGCAUCAUCAACGAGGGAAUGCGGAUCCGACCGGUGAGCCCGGUACUGAUCCCGCACAUCGCCAUGAUCGACAGCAGAAUCGGAUGUCACGCAAUCCGCCGCGGGACUCGAGUGUUGGUCAACAUGUGGGCCAUCCAUCACCACCCUGACCACUGGGACCGACCGGACCUGUUCAUGCCAGAUCGCUUCCUUGAUGACCAGGGUCGGAGGGUCACACCCCCCUGCUUCCUGCCGUUUGGGGCGGGACCUCGCGUCUGUGUGGGCGAAUCGCUAGCCAGGAUGGAGCUCUUCCUUUUCCUGUCCUCCAUGCUCCAGCGAAUGAGCUUUAUGCUGCCGGACGGGGCUUCCCCACCCAAUCUGCAGGGGCGUCUCGGUGUGGUCUUGCAGCCACUACCUUAUAAAGUCGCCGUCAGGUCAAGGGCGGGUUGGGAAGUUGGCGCUCAUGCUAAAUAGCCAGAUACUAUGAAUAUCUUACAUUUGUGAUUCUUAUUAUCAAUGAUUAGCAUGAGCAAGAUCUGAAAUUACAUCAUGCGCAUCAAUAAACAAUAGUGUUGUA